CCGGCUCCCUCCGUCCUGUUUCUCCGUUGUACCUCCUGGGGAACUCACCUUGUCAUUGCUGAGUUAUCUUCCGUCCGUUUUUAAGAAACAUUGUUUGUUUUUUUUUCAGAAAAGUAGUGUUCUCUUAAUACCAAAAAGGAGGCUUGACUUCCCGGGACGAAUUCUGAGACACCCAAGUGCAAAGAAGUAAGACUUCCAGAAAAGUAAAACAUGACAAAAAGCAAUGGAGAAGAGCCCAGAGCAGGGGGCAGGAUGGAGAGAUUCCAGCAAGGAGUCCGUAAACGCACGCUUUUGGCCAAGAAGAAAGUGCAAAACAUCACCAAGGACGACAUUAAAAGUUACCUGUUUCGGAAUGCUUUCGUGCUGCUCACCGUCACCGCUGUCAUUGUGGGGACAAUCCUUGGAUUUAGCCUCCGGCCCUACAAAAUGAGUUACCGACAAGUCAAGUACUUCUCUUUUCCUGGGGAACUUUUGAUGAGGAUGUUACAGAUGCUGGUCUUACCACUUAUCAUCUCCAGUCUUGUCACAGGAAUGGCGGCCCUAGAUAGUAAGGCAUCAGGGAAGAUGGGAAUGCGAGCCGUAGUCUAUUACAUGACUACCACCAUCAUUGCUGUGGUGAUUGGCAUAAUCAUUGUCAUCAUCAUCCAUCCUGGGAAGGGCACAAAGGAAAACAUGUACAGAGAAGGCAAAAUUGUACAAGUGACGGCUGCAGAUGCCUUCCUGGAUUUAAUCAGGAACAUGUUCCCUCCAAAUCUGGUGGAAGCCUGCUUUAAACAGUUUAAAACCAGCUAUGAGAAGAGAAGCUUUAAAGUGCCUAUUCAGUCCAAUGAAACACUCCUGGGUGCCGUGGUAAACAAUGUGUCAGAGGCCAUGGAGACUCUCACUCGGAUCAGGGAAGAGCUAGUUCCUGUUCCAGGAUCUGUGAAUGGAGUCAAUGCCCUGGGGCUGGUUGUUUUUUCCAUGUGCUUUGGUUUCGUGAUUGGGAACAUGAAGGAACAGGGACAAGCCCUGAGAGACUUCUUUGAUUCACUUAAUGAAGCCAUCAUGAGAUUGGUCGCAGUGGUAAUGUGGUAUGCCCCUCUGGGCAUCCUCUUCCUGAUCGCAGGCAAAAUUGUUGAGAUGGAGGACAUGGGCGUGAUUGGGGGACAGCUUGCCAUGUACACGGUGACAGUCAUUAUUGGCCUGCUCAUUCAUGCAGUCAUCGUUCUGCCACUCCUCUACUUCCUGGUAACCCGGAAGAACCCUUGGGUUUUCAUUGGAGGGUUGCUACAAGCACUCUUCACAGCGCUGGGGACCUCUUCAAGUUCUGCCACCCUACCCAUCACCUUCAAGUGCCUGGAAGAAAAUAAUGGUGUUGACAAACGCAUCACCAGAUUUGUGCUCCCUGUGGGUGCCACCAUUAACAUGGAUGGGACAGCGCUCUAUGAGGCACUGGCUGCCAUUUUCAUCGCUCAAGUUAACAACUUUGAACUGAACUUUGGACAGAUCAUUACCAUCAGUAUCACGGCCACGGCUGCCAGUAUUGGGGCAGCUGGGAUCCCUCAGGCGGGCCUUGUCACCAUGGUCAUCGUGCUGACAUCCGUGGGCCUGCCCACUGACGACAUCACACUCAUCAUCGCAGUCGACUGGUUCCUGGAUCGCCUCCGAACCACUACCAAUGUGCUGGGUGACUCCCUUGGAGCCGGGGUUGUAGAGCACUUGUCAAGACACGAACUGAAGAACCGAGAUGCAGAAAUGGGGAACUCAGUAAUUGAAGAGAAUGAGAUGAAGAAACCAUAUCAGCUGAUUGCCCAGGACAACGAACCUGAGAAACCCACUGACAGUGAAACCAAGAUGUAAACUGACAUGGAGAAAGGCUUCCUUGAGCACCAGGUGUUGGGGAAAAGAAAUCAUUGUAAAAUGUGUGCGUCUCGUUCCGCUCCUUCCUCCAGAGAGCCCUGUCUGCCUUCUUCCUCCCUACUCUGCUAGGAUUCAUCCAACACACAAGGGAGGACUUUACCGCAGCCAAACACUGGACAUGUUAAAGAUCAUUUCGUAUUCAUCUUACCUACUAAGGUACUAGGAUCAAAUCUUGAUCAAAUCUUACCCAGUUGAUUUGGCAAGAGAUCCUAUAAUACAAUUGCCUUCUAAGUUAAGGAAACAAAUUCUAGGCCCAUUUUUUUAAAAAAUUAACUUUUGAAAUGAAAAGAAAAAAAUCCUUCAGCACACACACAAUUGGGUCUUAGUCUCAAAAGGUGAUCCAUAACCGUGAGUUAUGGAGUUGUCUUUUUCCCUUUUACUUCUGUAAUCAUAACCUUGCUUUCUCAGCAGCAGGACAAUCUCCAUACACUCCUGGCACAGCUGUGGGAAAGUCUUGGGCAAGUCAUAUCUCAUCUGUAGGCCUCAGUGUCUUCACUGAUGCUCUAGACACCUUUUUUGGUCCCUCUAGCCCAGACUUCUGGUGACAUCAAGAAAGAGGCUGCCCUGGGUUUCCCCCGUGCAGUACCCUGCAAAGUACCCACCAUUCCAUGGAGCUCAGGGCUCUCAAAGGACACUUCAUGGUCGUGAACAUUUCUGUCCAGAGGCAGGGUGUGUGGCACACUGGUCCUCUGUCCAAAGUGUCGGUUAUGCACAUCUCCAGGCAGGAGACCACUCCAAGAGCAGAUCAUUCAUGACACUCUUUGCCCAGUUCUUGCGCCAGGGGCCGUAGUUCUCUUCUUGCCUGCUCUAAGGGCUGCUCUGGGAAGCGUCCCCUUCCACUCCUCAAUUGACAAUUAGACUUUUAGGAAGUAAACAGAAGAUUAGCAACUAGCAAAUGUGCUGAAGUCCUUACUACAGAAGACUAAAGAAAAGGAAGGGGGGCACAAAAAGAAGAGUAUGGUUGACGGUUGUAAAGGGAAGAUUUUAGGCACCAAGAGCAAAGGUCUUUAUUCUUUAUGAAAGGAUAAGACAGAAAAAAAAAUCUUUUUGUUCCUGGAAACAUUUUUUUUCUGUUCAGUUCCAAAUCAUUCCUCCAAAGAAGUGUACAUACAAGAUAGACGUUCACUUCUUACAUAUUUUGAAGUUAAAUAAAUGACCUCCCCACCCCCCUCUCUCCUGUGAGUUCAUGAAGUGGGUGGGUGGUCUUUUAUCUGAACUUUUUUUUUUUUACUUUAAUCAGAAGUCCUUGGAAUGAGGGAAACAACAUACUUCUUUGUGUGGGAAUUCCACUUACCAAAUCAUUCAAAACUUGAGGCUACAGUGCAGUUUGCUUUAGUUUUGUUUGUGUCCCAAAGAAAAAUGGGAGAAAAUGAACCACUAUGAAGAUAAUGUCAAUGAGGUUACAAGGGAAGAGAACAGGGGCAUUUGUUCAGGCAAGGCAGCUUCCAGAUUUCAAGGAGAUUCAUUUUUAUCAACCCCCCCCCACCCUGAAAUAUCCAAUUAAAGGCACUUAAUGAGAGUCAUCCGAAAAUACCGGCUAAUGGUUAAGAAUCAACUUAAUUAUGCUAACACACUGAACAUCUAGAUGUAUAUCUUCUGAUAUAAAAAUGAGGAUUUUUUUUUAUAUAUAGAUCCUGAACAUUAUGUGUGCAUCAAGGUUAACUUAGGCUGUGGUGGAGUAACCAUUUAAUGUCAAGGCUCCAUUUGGGAAAUAUACUGCAAAAGUUAAUGUACAUGCUGUCAUCUGAUGACACAAAGUAGAGUGCAAACUAAUCAUGUCAAAUUAAUGCUUUUGGACACUGUGAUGUGUUUUUAUACUAACCAUUUCUUACAAAAGCAGAUCCUCUAGGGCAAUCCUUUUACCAGUCCAUCUGGACUCUUCCUAUUCUCAUCGCCAAUGCAGACUGGCCAGCAUGACAUUGUAGGUGUAUUUUCAAUAAAGAA